AUGCCCCGUUCUUUAAUCCAUUAUGUCCAACAUUCAUUUCAUUUGUUUCCUUUCUUCACUAGCUAUCUAUCGGGGAACAAACUCAGAUACUUCCCACAAGGAAUUUUUAAAGGCUUAAAAGAGCUUUUGAUUAUGUAAGUAGACUAUGAAAUUCUUCAAGUGAGUAAUAAGCUUUGAAAUAACCUAUAACGAUCAUGACAUUUGAAUGCAUUUAAUUUCACCUUUAAAUGAUUAUUUACACAUCAAUGUUGAAAUAUUUUACCUUCCCUGUUACUGAUUAAGUUCUUUUUGUUAGAGAAAUUGUUGAAAACGAAAUGACUCAUGUCUCCAUCGACAACUUCAAAGAAAUUAAACAGUUAAAAAUUCUGUGAGUGUUAUAAUUAAUCAAGUGAUGACCAAGUUGUGAAACGGACCUUGUUACCUUAAGGUGUAAUAUUUGACAAUUGAAACAUUAUGAAAACACUUCAAAUCGAUGCUUUUAUUGUAAAAGCAUCUUACGUUAUCUGCAACUCACCGGAAAUGCUUUCCUGACAGCAGAUUGAUUAUUUGCUGAGUGGGAGUAAGUUUGUAAAGAAACUUUAGUGCUGCGUCGGCGCAGGGCAUUUCAAGAUAUUUGGUGUCAUUCUACAUCGAAACUCUGAUUGGUUGAGAGCGUACAGUCAAUAUACCAAAGCGUGUGAAGUUGACAUGAUAACCGAUAUAUCCAUCAGGUAUUGGGUUAUCAUGUGGAGUUCAAAGUCUGACUAGUUUCCAACCCCCUCGUCAGUGUAACGUCCUGCAAAACCCUGUGUCUGCUUUAAAUGCCUCAGCCUCCGGCUUCGGCAGAUAACUCAGACUUCAGCAUUAUGAAAAUAUCAUGACCAAUCUUAUCCAAUAUUUAAUUAUUAUCAAGUGAGUUGGAGAUGUAAACUGGCCACCCUGAAUAGCCUCAAAAGCGGACCCCUGAGCAUUAGCCCUUCGUACAAGAAUAGAGGAAUUGUAAGUUGUAGGUGGUUUAGAAACAGGAAAAGACGCUUCGCGAUUAGAGGGAACCUGAUCACGAAAUAAACACGAAUAAAUUAGUUAAAUGAAAGACUUCGUUGACAUUGUGGGAUUAAGAGAGCUUAUUUGAUAGAUUAAUUUUUGUUGUGGAGUUUUGCGGCUUUUGAUCACUACAUUUUAAUCUCCUAAUUUAAUUUCCAGGUAUAUGCAGUAUAACAAGAUGAGGGAGAUUCCAUAUGGUUUUUUCGAUAUGUUGAAGGAUAUACAACGAGUGUAAGAUUUUGAUAAAAUUCAUUCGCAAAUUAUUAGUUUUUGAGCAAAGCUAUACAUUUUGAGUAGACAACAUUUUGGGGAAAUUCAAGUUUUUGCAAAAAGAAUUGAAGACUUGGAUUCUUAAAAAAAAUAUUUUGUAUAAGUCAAUGGAUAACUCCAGCCAUCAGUUACUGAUAUAUUCUUAAAAGCAAGUUCUUGUCGACUGUGAAGUUUUAAUGAAAUAACUUCAGUGGAUGAUAUUUUACAAUUGUAGGAGUCUCGACACAAAUCUGAUGUGUUGUCAUAUGCACAAGGAGGACGCUGACUGUGCUUUCACGUACAACGACGACUUUGCCAACUGUGAGAGCAUGUUUAAGAAUUCUGCCCCAAGGAAGAGUAUCUGGGUGAUAGGAAUAUUUUCUCUGGUUGGUGCAGUGUUUGUUGUCACUUGGCGAGUGAUCUUUAAAGAAAAGAACGUGGUUCAGUCCAUCAUGUUGCUCCACUUAGCAGUGUCCGAUGGUUUGAUGGGUAUUUACCUGAUCUCUCUUGGUACUAAAGAUCUGUUGUGGAGAGGAGAGUAUUACUUGCAUGACUUCCAGUGGAGGUCUGGUUUGUCUUGUCAAAUAAUUGGAGCGAUCUCCCUUCUGUCAAGUGAGGUUUCGGUUAUGAUGAUGACACUGAUAUCUGCUGAUCGGCUUAAAAAUAUUGUGUUUCCUUACCAAGGUGCUUCUCUGAAACCAAAAGCAACACAUAUCCUGUGCAUCAUCAUAUGGGCAAUUGGCUUCCUUAUGGCCUUUUUGCCUAUGUUUGGUAUUCAGUAUUUUGAAGACCCAUUCAGGUACCAUAGUUACUAUGGUAGAAGUGUGGUAUGUCUACCCUUGCAGCUUACUUCUGAUAAGCCGGCAGGUUGGGAGUAUUCUGUUGCUAUCUUUCUCGCUUUGAAUUUUGCUUUUUUCUUGUUCAUCAUGGGUGCUUAUCUCAUGAUACUAGUCAAGUCUUACUUGUCUAGCCGGCGACUGGCCCGUCAGGGUACUGAAAGAGAGAUCCAGGCCAGAAGAGCAAACUUUAGGAGGGAAACGGCUCUUGCAAGGCGGGUGUUCUUCAUCAUCCUGAGUGAUUGUGUGUGCUGGAUGCCGGUGAUAGUGAUUGGUAUGAGGACCAUCAUCGAGAAGUCUUACGAAGCGCGAGGAGACCUCGCUGUCUGGAUCGCUGUAUUUGCCCUUCCGAUCAACUCGGCCUUGAAUCCUAUCCUGUACACCUUGUCAACAGAACAGGUGCGUUAUGCGCUUUUAAUCCAUUAUAAGUAGUCAAGAUAAUAAAAUCCGUAAGUAGACUUACAAUGGCUAGGUACAGGAAGGGUAAUGGUUUUCAGCCGACUAUAGGCAGUGUAUAAUAUUGCUCAAGGCUGCUUUGUUCACUUGCAAUGGACACUGACAAUGUUUCAAAAGCAUUGGACAACAGAAAUUCGUCAGUUUCUAUUUUGUCAUCGGAGCUCAGCUUAAGACAGUGAGCGAAAUCUCGAUUAUUUUGUAUCCAGGCCAGAGGCAUUCUGAAGAACAAAAUGGAAAAAGUCUGGAACUACUUGAAGACCGUUUUCACCUGCUGUGGUCGGGAUCAGGAAGGUGCGAUAUAAUUAUCAGCUCCUGAUAAGAAAUAAACCGAAAAACGAUGUAAACUAACAGAUUGCUGCAAACACAGUUUAUUGAUCUAUUGAUUUGUUCAUUCGGUCACUCAGUCAUAAAUCAAUUCACUCAUGCAUGCAUAGAGGCAUUCAUUUAAUCAUUUACUCGCUCGUUCGGUCCAUCGUUCUUUUAUUGGUCGAUUCGUUUGUUGUACGAACUAAAUAUUUCUUGACUCGAUCAUUGACUUUUCUUCGUUGUUUUCUUUAAAAGGCCAAGGAGAUGGGGAACAACCGAACCAACCGGGAGCAGAAGACAAUGGACAACAUGGCGGCGAGGGAGGUAAAUCCUUACCCGUAUUUCUAGAAAGACCGUGAAAACUAUAAACGAGGGAAAUAAAGGGCAAUCUGUGACUAAAAAUAUUUUUUUAUGUCUUCUCUCUUCUUUUUAUGUUCUCUUUUUUUUUUUUUUAAUUUUAAAAUUAAAGGCCAAGGAGAGGGAGAGCAAGUUAACCAGCACGGAAUGGAAGAAAACGGAGAACAUGCGGGCGAGGGAGGUAAAAACUUUUCAGAUGUCAGUUAA